AUGCAGGCACGGUGCCACAGCCGAGGGGCCAAUCUUCAAGGAUCGAAGCUUGGCACACCACGCUCUCAAAAUAUCACAACUUCUACUGCUCGAAUGUCGUUGACACAAAGUCGCGUUUUCCCUGUCAGCUCUCUGGUUCAUAUCAACUCGAUUCCAAUCUCCAUCUGGCGUCGGCGCUCCGACGACACUACCCCCGCCCCCCUCUCUCCAACCGAAGCCCACAAGCAGCCCUCGAUCUCGCAGAGAGACGACUCCAGCCGAACAAAUGCUAUCCAGAGCUAUGGCGCUGCCAUCGGCCUCCAGAAAACUCCAGAUGGCAGUCUGUUGGUCUCGAUGGCCAGUGACAACUCGAAGGCCAUCCUUGGCUACUCCCCAUCGCAUCUGUUUGCUCUAAAAGACUUCUCGCAUCUUCUCGAGAAUUCAGAGUCGGAUGCAUUGCUCGACCAUAUGAGCGAGGCCCACGACCGCGCCGGCUACUCCAAUACUCUCAACGUCUUCAACAUGUCCCUCAAGGAUUCAGCUGGUGCGACGAAUUGUUUUUCAUGUGUAAUCCAUGCCGAUACCAAUAGACCUUGUCUUUUCGUCUGCGAGUUCAUUCCUCAACCCAUCUUGCCUACUGCUCGUCCUUACCAUUCUCAAUCCCGGAGAUUGAAGUCUCAAGGACAGAAGAACACACCGCGCCCUUCCAUCUCUACAAGAAGCAGUGCUGCCGACACGCUCAACACAAUGUCAAAAGCACAAGAGAAAAUAUCUUACGCUCCAACAAUAGAGACCCUAAUACAAGCUCUUGUCGUGUCUAUCAGAAUCGCCACAGAACAUGAGGAUAUAUCCGUCCAUCGCUUCCAUGGCCAACGGAAAGGUCGCCUCGUUGCGAAGAGCGAUGAUGAACAUAAUUACAGAUAUCUUGCCCAUUCCUCAGGCCCGGAGUCUUUGACCCUGUCUCCUGAGUGCAAAAAGACAUUUGAGACUCUGGAGGUGCAAGUGCACGCCAGUCAUCAAGCUUGUACUGCCAGUCUGCUGCAUCGACCCGGUGAGACAUUCGAACAUCAUUUAGAUGGCGCAUGCUACCUGCGAGUCUUGCCUGAAUUUUCCUUGCACGACGUUGAUGAGAGGGGACUUCAGUCUCGUGUUCUGAUCCCAUUAAUGAUUUCUGGAAAACUCUGGGGCGUUGUUGAUGCCCGCAGCUUUCAAAACCAAGCACCGAUAACAUUUCUCGACCGAGGUCUCUGUAGGCUGAUAGCCGAUUCGGUUCUCAUGGGAUCUGCAAAAGAACCACAGGAGGGUCUGGCUCUGGUAGAAUAUUUACACUUUCGCAGACCGGAUGAGAAUAUGAUGUCUGUUGACAUUGCAGCUGACUUCCCCGAUCUACGAUAUUCGCCAGGGUUUCACUCCGUGAAGGGAUUCUUAUUCAUCCCACUUUCUCCGGACGGCGAAGAUUUUGUCGUCUACUUCCAGGAACAGAAAGCUGACCAUCUUGGCCUUGGUAUCAGCGGUUGGAGUGAAGCCGAUCUUCGCAACGCAGCUAUGAUGCGUGUAGUUUACUGCAAAUUUAGCUCGAUAUGGAGAGAGAGGGAAGAUGCCUUGCAAAAAAGCCGCCUUUCCAGGCUCCUAUUGUCCAACUCGAGCCAUGAGUUCAGAACCCUACUCAACGCCAUCACAAACUACAUGGAGUUUGCAGGAGAAGGCAAACUCGAUGCCAAAGGAACCGGACUAUUGGAUUUGGCCAGGAACACCUCGCAACAGCUGUUGCUUGCUGUCACAAAGCUGCUUGACUGUAUUGAAAAGGGUCUUGCUCCUACCGCAGUGGUUGAGUGA